AUGGCGUUCAAGAACAUGGAUCUCAUCGAGGCGCUGGACGCCUUCCCGGAUGCGGCCAGGGACCCGGCGCGUCACGCAGCCGCCAUGGCAUCGCUAUACACGGUUGAAUGGGCCGACAGCGACGACGAGCGGCCGUAUGCCAUCGGCUACAUGCAGCACAGCGUGCUGGCGGCGCUGGCGGCGGUGCGACCGGUCGAGCUGGCGUCGUUGGGGCUGGCGACCGACGUGGACGUGGCAGCCGUGGCAGCAGCUACGGGCACGGUGCCGCUGCAUCGACUGCUGGCCGGCCAUGCGGAUGUGGAGGGCCGCACGCGGGCGAUGGCUGCUCUGUGUGCACACUGGCGGGCGGCCGACGCGUUCCGGCUGCUGCGCGGCUGGCGCGACGAGCUGUGGCCGGUGUACGGCCGCGACGGCCGGCUGCUGCUCAGUCUGGAGCGGGCGGCCGUCGGGCUCUUCGGGGCCGCUCGCUACGGCGUACACAUGACGGCCUACGUGGACGACGACCAGACGGAUCUUCGCAUCUGGGUCCCCAAGCGGGCCGCCGACAAGUCCACGUAUCCCGGCAUGCUCGACAACACCGUCGCCGGCGGCCUGAUGACCGGCGAAGACCCGUUUGAGUGCCUCGUGCGCGAGGCCGACGAAGAAGCCUCGCUGCCCGAACGCGUCGUCCGCCAAAACAGCCGAGCCGUCGGCACCAUCACGUACGUGUCUGUGCCUGACGAGCGCGCCGGCGUCGAUCCCGGCUGCGCCUACGUCUAUCCCGAGUGCCAGUGGGUUUACGACCUGCUGCUGCCGGCUCCCUCUUCUGGCCACGACGACUCAGACAAAGAUAUCAUCCCCUUGCCCAAGGACGGCGAGGUCGAGUCGUUUGCCCUCUGCUCUGUCGCUGAGGUCCGUGACCAGCUUGCUCGCGGCCUCUACAAACCCAAUUGCGCCGUCGUCAUGAUCGACUUUCUGCUGCGCCACGGCCUCCUCACUCGCGACGACGAACCCGACUACGACGCUAUCGUCGCCCGUCUGCAUCGCGUCCUCCCCUUCCCUGGCCCGCACCAGCAUGCUUGA